AUGUCCAAGGCCCUUUUGGGGCUGCUGCUGCUUCUGGCAGUGAGCGCCAUCCCGACUCGAGGUCAGACUGCUCAGCAACUUGCGGCUGAACGGGCUGCCAUUGUCACGCAAGAUGGCUCGGAUCUCGUCAUGCACGCCAAGGCUGUCCAGAUGCAAUCUCCCGAUGUCGUCGUAGCCGUGACUGGGCAGAACAUCGAUGUCGAGGCAACCACCUGGAAUGCCAAUGCCUCCCAUGUCCAAGUCAACGCCUCACGUGCCAUCGUCUUUGGCGAUGGCGCCACGGGCCUCACCAUGGCUGCCGGCAGUGCCACCCUUGUGGCCAGCGCUGACCUCAGCCUCAACGCCACUCAUUCCUCCGGCCUCCAAUUUGAUGCCCAGCAUGCUGUCAUCUUGGACACUCAGAAUGCUGUGACCAUGCGCACCAACGGCGACACCCAGUUUCAGGUGUCGGGCGACGCCACCUUGGAAGCCGCUGCCGUGCGAGUACAUGCCACCUCCUUGGAGCUUGAAGGCAGCGACAACUCUGCCUUGACCCUUGACGACGCGGGCAAUCUUCACCUCAAUGCCAACAACCUACAAGUGGGUCAAGGCACCGAAGCUGACGUACAAGUCCAAGCUGCGACGCUUCAGCUCGCCGGCGACAACGAUAACAAACGCCUCCGACUGAACCAAGACACCGUUGAGUUUCACUCCAACUCGGGCAUCACCCUUCGCGCUGGCGCUGCCACCCUCGACGUCGACGCCACUGCCAAGCUUUUGGCCGACCUCGUGCAGCAAGUGGCCAGUCUCAAAUCAGAGUACAAUGACAUGACCGAUACCUUUGACGAUCUCACCCUGAAGCACGAACAGGAAGCCAGCCUCUUGCGCGCCGACACCAACCACAUCUCCCAAGAGGUUUCACAGGAAGCUUCCCAGGUUGACGUGCAGAUGGAUCAAGUCGAGAGCCAAGUCGAAUCCAUUGCUGUCGGUGCCUCGACCGAGGUCAAUGUUCUCGUCUCCCAGCUCAACUCGGACAUUGACACUGCCGACCCCGACUCACGCUUUGAACAAUGCUUUUUGUGCCCCCACCCUUCCUUUCUCUCUCUCUCUCUCUCUCUCUCUCUCUCUCUCUCUCUCUCUCUCUCUCUCUCUCUCUCUCUCUCUCUCGCUCUCUUUCUUUCCCAAGCCGUCAAUCAAGACUUCAACUUGUUGGAAACACGCCUUUCCGCCCUCGACGCUGGGGCCAGCAUCGACGUCUCGGCGUUGGCCAAGAGCCUUGAUGAUUCCGGAUCUGUUCUGGACACGGUGGAGGACCAAAUGGCUUCCGUUGAAACAUACGUGGCAGCUCAAGUUGAUGUGGCUGACUCCCGGCUUGACCCUAUCGAAGCUCACGUCAAUGUUGUGGAUGAUGCCGUGGAUUCCGUUCGGGACCGUGUCAAUGCCUUGAACGCCCGUCGUCAAAGCCUGGAGACGGCCUUUGAUGAUCUGGAGGUUGUCGAUGAACAAAGCUUGAGUCAAAUCUCGACACAAAUGAGCACAAUGGAGAAGGAUCUGCAGCCCUUCAAGGACAGCGCUUCCUUUUGGUCGGAUGAGGCCUUGGAGUAUCAAUUGGAGGCAACUUCAAAGACGACCAAUGCCAAUCUUGGAUCGACCUGUGCUAGCCAUGGCCUCUACCUCUUGUGUGGUGCUCCAUACCAUACUUCAACACCUUAUGGCCUCGUUACGGUUUGGAAGCUGAAUGAGACCAGCAGAGAAAUGUAUCAUCUUGAAGACAUCAAACUCAAGUCCUCCGGCAACUCUUUCAAUAACCCCUCCUCUACCCCUUAUUUUGGAGCAAGUGUGGACUUUGAUGGCAAGACCCUCAUUGUGGGUGCGCCCUAUGACUACCAUGCGUCCUACGGCUACACGGGCAGCGGUCGUAUCUACGUCUUUGAGCUGGACGAAACAACCGACAAAUUCGGGGACCCCAUUGGCGUCAUUUCCGGCACCCAAGCACGCUCCUCUUCAUAUUGCGGAAGCAGUGUUAAGCUUGUGGAGUCCAACGUUUUCGUCUUUGCAUGUGCCUACGAUUACUAUGCCUCCGCUUAUGCUGGAACUGUUCAACAAUUCCGCUUCACCAAGAGUGGAUCUUCUGUAAUCUUUACCUACCUAGGUCUUGGCUACCCCGGCGUUCGUGACAGUGGCGAGUAUCUUGGCAACUACAAUGGUGAUUGGCGCCGCACGAUGGGCUUUGCAGCCGCUGGCUCGGUUGUCGCUGCAGGCACUCCAUAUGCUGAUUCCUAUGGCACCAACGAUGGCAUGGUCAACCUUUUCCUGCGUCGGGCGAGCUCAUUGUCUUACGUCAGAGUGAUCCCGACACCCUGUGCAGCAGUCUCAUCGUGUUACUUUGGCGGUAGCCUGGCCCUUAGUGGUGACGGUCUCACUUUGGCUGUGAGCGGCGAACGCGCACACUCAACAGCCUUGUCGUACAGCGGCAUCGUUUACAUUUAUCGCCUCACCGUGUCCACGUCCACUAUCACAUACUCUUCCGCGACCAUUAUUGAAUCGCCGUCCCCGGUUUCCUAUGGGUACUUUGGCACCAAUGUGUUCCUUUCUGCGAAUGGCCUGAAACUUCUGGUCACAGCGCGCGCGGAGGGCACCGGUACCCUCCACGCCUUCCAGCGCAGCAGCACAUCAGACACAUUCAAUCAGGAAUACAGCUGGAUACCAGAGAACUCUGGAGGCACAGCGGGCUACGGUGUCACGAUGACCGGCAAUUUCACCGCCAUGGGUUGUCCUUUCGCUGAUCCUACAAGCUAUUCCAACGCAGGACGCGUCGCGCGAAGCGUCACGACCUUUCCUCUUAUGCGGGAUUUGUCAAUUGAAUACAAGCGCACACCAAUUCAUUUACAGCUCAUUUUGUCCCGUGGAUUGCAACACGAGCCAGUCAGCCCGAGGCGAAAAAAGGGCAGACAUGCCUUCAAGACAGAGCGAGAGGAUCAUUGUGAGACGCCCUUUGAGGCGUACAAAGACAUUGCUCCACUCCUGCACCAGGUGGCUGGCAUGCUGGGGAAGAAUGCGGAUGAGGUCCAACUCUACGAUCCCUACUAUUGUGCUGGUACAACGAAGAAGCAUUUGGCGCGUCUUGGAUUCCCCAACGUCUACAAUGAGAACGUGGACUUUUACGAGGCUGUACGCUCGGAGCAAACGCCAGCCUAUGACAUUCUCAUCACCAACCCACCCUUUUCCAACACUCACGUCAAUCACAUCAAGCGUUUGAUGCGCUUCGUGGCCAACUCUGGCAAACCCUUUUUUAUCCUGCAGCCCAAUUACGUUUAUACCAAGCCGUACUAUCAAGAGGUCCGAGCCGCCCCAAUGCCUUUGCCAAGCGUGCACAAGCCCCGCCAACCCUUUUGCUCUGUUUCCUCUCACCGCAUCUCCUCUGACGAUCGUGAUCCAGCUGAUUGUUCAGGACCCGGCAGUGCAGCAUGCCGUGGUUACACCCAGCCACCGAUAUGCGUUCGUCACCCCCGAGGGCUUUCGUGGCCCCUCCAGCGAAGGGGCCACAAAGACGUCACCGUUUUGGUGCUUAUGGUACUGCGGCCUGACUCCGUUCCGCGACGAAGUCAUCCAAUGGUGCGUGUCCCAGCCCUUGGCUUUGCAUUUCCGCCCGCAUGCACACCAGACUAA